AUGCGGGGCACCGCAUCCCUCUCAAUCCUAGGCUUCCUCACCCAGGCCAUCAAGGAAAAGAAAGAAAGGCUAGGAGAAUGUGGCGACAAAAUUGACGGCAGUCACAUAGACCUCCUCUCACGCUACAUCCAUCUGCAAAAGAACAAUACGGGGUUUCCCGCCUGGAUGUUUUCCAACGUUAUUGCCGGCUCCGACUCGGUCGGUACUGUCAUGCGCACCCUCCUGUUCCACCUCCUAGUCUACUCGAGCACUCUUGAGAAACUCCACGAGGAGCUGAAAGCUGCGGAUCUCUCCCGUCCCUUUCCUCGUUAUAAUGAGGUGCGCAAGCUUCCCUACCUCGAUGCAUGUGUUCAGGAAGCGGCCCAGAUCCAUCCGCCUUUCGCUUUACCCUUUGAACGGGUCGUUCCGGACGGCGGCAUCACGGUCCUUGGGCGUAAUCUCCCUGAAGGUACGGUCGUCGCUGGUAACCCGUACGUUGUGAACUGGGAUCCCAAUACGUUUGGUGAGGAUGCGGUGUUUUAA